AUGUCAAGCCAAUGGAUACAUCAAGAGCUCAAGAUCUUGAGCUUCCUACGUGGGAACAUGGGAAAACUGCAUGGCAAGGUACAAGUCCCGCACUUGAUUUGCUGGCUGGGUCUUUGUGAGGCCUCUCAUUGGCUCCAUCCUCAGAUGAAAGGCUCCAUUUACCUCGGGCCACUUUUCGCAACCGCGCGACAAAUCAUCGCCAUGGAUCGUACAGACCACCCUCACUCAAAUCCUCGGUUGAGAAUUGAAUAUGGGUCCAAGGCUGGCCUGGCGGCUUUUUACACGGGCAGAAACGACCUCAUUUUCGCAGAUAUAUGCAGCAUUCUGCAAUGGGGAAGAGAGUUUGGGAUACGAAUACUGCAAUUUCUUUGCUUGAUACCUGGAUGCUGCAUCCCGACACAAAAGGUACAAAAUUUGAUCUUUGGAAUGAAACCUUCGUCCUGGCCCGCAUUUGGCCCAGAUGUCGGAACGAGACGAACCAAGCAACUGCACCCAAGGCAGGUUGCUGAAAAUGCGAGCUCUAGGCUACCCCUCUCUUCCAUGGUCAAAAUGCGCCAUUGCAUUAUCAUAUUCCUCAUUCGCAGGAUCCCGAAAUAUCGCACAUCAUCCAACAUCACAGCCCUCGAGGGAUCUAACGUAAGCAGCUCGUCUACCGUCUUUUGCGCAGUCAUCCUCGACGGCGUAGCACUACCAAAGCAACCCAGGUACAUCGAUGUGUACUGGACGAAUAGGGCUGAAGAAUCUCUGACCUAUACCACGAACAUCUGCUCAGACAGUGCUGGUAUCCAAAUACUGCUUUCCCUUGGACCACCUGGUGCUCUGCCAUCUUCGUAUGCGAUGCCAAGGCUCAAGUGCCUAGCUGCUGCCGCCGCCAAUGACGCUAGCUUGCGCGUAGCCGUCAUCUCGAAUCCCAUUUCGCUUAGGCACCUCGACCCCUCGAGCUCUCUUCAACGGCGUCUACGGCUCAAUCCUCAUCUGGCCCUGUGGAAUCGAUCAAACCAAAGACACGCUUAA